GAUUGAACACCGACGUUGACCACUAAAAUGUUGACUAUUGAGGUCCCUAUGAAUGUAUUGGUAGAGAAGAGAUCAAAUCAAAACAAAUCUCUCCACAGUCUAUGACUAUAUAUCAUCAUACCUUCAAUAAAAAACUCAAAAUCGAUACCAAAAACAAGCACAACAUAACAUGGAUAAGACAACGACGUUGCUUUUCUCGCUUUUGUUCUUGUUCACACUCCUGACGAACUCUUUAUCCAAAAACCUAUGUAACCAAGAUGACAAAAAUACCCUCCUGAAGAUCAAGAAAUCACUAAACAACCCUUACCACCUCGCUUCGUGGGACCCCCAAACAGACUGUUGCUCCUGGUACUGCCUCGAGUGCGGCGACGCCACCGUCAACCACCGCGUCAACGCCCUAACAAUAUUCUCCGGUCAGAUCUCCGGUCAUAUUCCGCCUGAAGUCGGCGACUUACCGUACCUGGAAACCCUUAUCUUUCGCAAACUCUCUAACCUCACCGGUCAAAUCCAACCAACCAUCGCCAAUCUCAAGAACCUCCGGAUCCUCAGGCUCAGCUGGACAAAUCUGACCGGUCCAAUUCCUGGUUUUCUCAGUCAGCUCAAGAAUCUCCAGUUUUUAGACCUUUCCUUCAAUGGUCUCACUGGUUCAAUACCAAGCUCUCUGUCUUUGUUUCCUAAUCUCCUAUCUCUUGAUCUCAGCAGGAACAAGCUUACAGGUCCGAUACCAGAAUCGUUUGGGUCGUUUCAAGCAAAAGUCCCUGACCUUUACCUAUCACACAACGAGCUCUCCGGUUCAAUACCCAAAUCACUAGGCAAUCUCGAUUUUAACCGGAUCGAUUUCUCCCGUAACAAGCUUCAAGGUGAUGCUUCAAUGUUGUUUGGAGCUAACAAAACCACAUGGUACAUAGAUUUAUCAAGAAACAUGUUCCAGUUCGAUCUCUCCAAAGUUGAGAUAUCUAAGACACUUGGUAUCUUGGACUUGAAUCACAAUGGCAUCAGAGGGAACAUUCCGGUUCAGUGGACCGAAGCUCCUCUUCAGUUUUUCAAUGUUAGCUACAACCAACUGUGUGGACACAUCCCCAAUGGAGGAAAACUUCAGACGUUUGAUUCUUAUGCCUAUUUUCACAAUAAGUGUUUGUGUGGUGCACCACUUGACAGUUGCAAGUGAAUUUACUCAAUGAGCUAAAAGCCUAAACCUUUUAUUCUACUUUCCAGAGAAUUCAAUAAGUCUAUAGACAAUAUCUUUUCUUUUAUGAAGGAUAGAUGGUUUAAUAAUUUUGAGCCAACUUAUUAAGUUA